CGGUGGUGAUCGUGGAAGGAGCUAGCCGCUCCGAUUCCUCAAUCGAGCAAACAUGAAACGUUGGACUCUGAUGACGGUUAUAGCCCUGGCUACAUCCGGGCUGGUAAACGGCGGUUUACACGAGAAACGGCUGCUAAACGACCUGCUGGACUCGUACAACGUGCUGGAGCGACCUGUGGGCAAUGAGUCCGAGCCCCUCGUGUUGAGUUUCGGCCUUACACUAAUGCAAAUAAUCGACGUUGACGAGAAGAAUCAACUUCUCAUCACGAACCUUUGGCUGAAAUUGGAGUGGAACGAUGUGAACAUGAGAUGGAACACGUCAGAGUAUGGAGGUGUAAGAGACCUUAGGAUCCCGCCACACAGACUUUGGAAACCAGACGUUCUCAUGUAUAACAGCGCGGAUGAAGGGUUCGACGGUACUUAUCCAACGAACGUCGUCGUGAAGAACAAUGGGACCUGCUUAUACGUACCGCCCGGCAUAUUCAAGAGCACUUGCAAGAUAGACAUUACCUGGUUCCCCUUUGACGAUCAACGCUGCGAAAUGAAAUUCGGUUCCUGGACGUACGACGGUUUUCAAUUGGACCUGCAACUGCAAGACGAGAACGGAGGCGACAUCAGCAGUUUCAUCACGAACGGCGAGUGGGAUCUGUUAGGGGUUCCUGGUAAAAGGAACGAAAUUUACUAUAAUUGUUGCCCAGAGCCGUAUAUAGACAUUACGUUCGUUGUUAUAAUCAGGAGGCGAACACUUUACUAUUUCUUCAACCUGAUCGUGCCGUGCGUUUUAAUCGCCAGCAUGGCCGUUCUAGGAUUUACCUUGCCACCGGAUUCUGGCGAGAAACUUUCAUUAGGGGUAACCAUUCUCUUGUCCCUCACUGUGUUCCUGAAUAUGGUGGCCGAGACAAUGCCAGCGACAUCGGACGCCGUGCCUCUGUUGGGUACAUACUUCAAUUGCAUCAUGUUUAUGGUGGCGAGCAGUGUGGUCAGCACCAUCCUUAUUUUGAAUUAUCAUCACCGAAACGCUGACACUCAUAAAAUGUCUGAAUGGGUGAAAGUGGUGUUUCUUUAUUGGCUGCCUUGUCUACUUCGCAUGUCAAGACCGGCUGAUAAAGAAGAAAAGGAAGCGCAGAAGUCUCAGAAACCGUCUCCAGUCACCGGUACUAGCAAAACAUACGGCGACCUGGAGCUCCAUCAAAGAAGCAGCAAGUCCCUGUUGGCGAACGUCCUGGACCUAGAGGACAAUGCCUUGGCGUCCCACAACAACCUCCUGAACAAUGUGUAUAGUACCCCUGGUCCCCACCAUCCCCACACGAUGGGCCACGGGCACAGUCAUAUACACGCGACGCCACAUCAUCAUCACAGCCACGCUGCGACGCCGCAUCAUCAACACUCAACGCCAUUGGCACACUCCUCUUAUCCGGCGCACCAGAUCGGUCACACGCCGCAUCAUCAUCAACAUCCACCAGAGACGUCUGGCCCCCAAGUCGAAACGAUACUUCAGAACGCGUGUUUUUGUGCCAGAUACGAGCUCAUACUGAUCCUCAAAGAGAUCAAGAUAAUAACGGAUCAGCUGAAGUCGGAGGAUUUGAACACGAAAGUGUCGAACGACUGGAAGUUCGCGGCGAUGGUGAUCGACAGAAUGUGCCUAAUCAUUUUUACUCUGUUCACCAUCAUCGCUACCAUCACCGUCCUGCUGUCGGCGCCGCACAUCAUCGUCACGUGAUUCAUAAAAGACGGGCAGCCGCCGGAAGGUCGGAGGUCGACGAUGAUCGUGCUGGGACGCGCGGCGAUGUAUCGGUGUGACACGGCGAACGCAACGGUGGCCGGGACCGCGUCCGCCGGCGCGGGAGCAGCCACCGAUGGUGUCCACGGACGACGUUUACAACGACGUUUCUACGCUUGGAUGUUGUUCGACGGCCGGGGCACGGGCUGUCCCGGCUCAAGCACGUGCGUCGUCUCGUUUCGGGGGAUCCGCGCCGCGAUAGGAAGAAAUACAAUUGCGAAGACGCCUGGCUCUUCGCCACUUUACGAUAUUUAAGAGAUAUUAUCCGAUCAUGUAGUUCAUUCGGAGGGGACGCCUUAGCGAGACACGUUGAAAAUGCGCCUACACGGGGGCGUGGACGGGUCACCCGGCACACGUGCGCACGCACAUACACUACGUACUUACGCACGCAGACACGAACAUCGACAUAUUUAUGUGAUCCUGUGCACGCGGCCACCCGGAGGUAUGCGCGAUCCUGUCUGUCCUGGAACGCGGGGGAUCGAGAUGUCCGAGCUUCCAUGCGUUCGACGUUAUGCUUUUUUGCUUUCCUGAGAUUCGAUCGGAAUCGUCGAAACUGUGGGAUUAUUCUUCUUUCGGCGAUGAGACGUGUUACGUUCGGAGAGACUUUGAAGAUUUGCGUUGGAUACUGUUUUAUGUUUGGAAUAUUGUUUGAUUGGAGUUCAUUUGAGGUGUAUUUCAUUUUCACUUAUGAAAAUAGCGUGAAAUUGAAUGUUUCAUUUAACAGUUUGUUUUGUUGCUUUUUAAUGGGUACGUUUGAAUUUUAUCUUGUAGUCUGCGUUUUGUUAAUCUUAUGUUAAUAUUUCUCUCGUUUAUCUCGAAAUUCAGACAAUGAAUGUUCGUUAGUUAACUGAUACAAAAUUCCAGAUAUUUGUAAAUUGUUUGUGUGAAUGAAACAAUUUCUCGUUUCUUCCAAAAUCUCAAAACUUCCUUCAGUCGAUUAUACGUUACAAACUCCUACGUUUGAAUUCUAUCUGUAAUUCCAACGCGUCUUCCGCGUGACGUUAUAACCCCACUUCCCAAAUAAUUUACGUUCCAACCGAAUCCACGGUAUUCUUUCCGUUUCCCUCGAUAUUCGGUAAAAAAAAGAAUAAUGCUCAUAAAAUGUGGAAACUUUUCAUCUCCGGUGCCCGCCACCGCAAUUGUCUGCAAUGGGGAUGCAAAUAAAUCCGCUUGGAUGCGUGUACAACAGAGGCACACAGAUCCACACACGCACACGCACACAAACAAACACACAAACAAACACACACACACACAUAUGCACACGUGCUCGCAUAAACGUAACGCAGUACAGAAACACAGGCAUACAUCACACGGAAAUACAGAGCACUGAGGACCGUCGAAGCGUUUGAAUUUGUUAAAGGAUAAAUCGAGUUUCCCGGUGUGGUCCACGGCCGCGAAACGAUUUUUCGUUUGGUCCUGGUUUCCACCCGAACGAGAGAAAGAGAGACAGAGAGAGAGAGAACUCUCGCCAGACUAGCGAGCGCGCGCGAAUAGCGAGACACAGGGGGAGAGAGAGAGAUACAGAGAGAGAGACAGAAAGAGAGAAAGAGAAAGCAAGAAAAAAGAGCGGAAGGGAGAGAGAGAGAUACAAGCAAAAGAACGAGAAGCUGAAGAAGGGUACACUGCUCCUUUUAUUGCGCUUAACGAGAAAACCAGACGAACAAGAGCGAAAAGGAGGGGAAACAAAGCGAAAAAGAACAAUGAAGCAAACACGAUUAAAAGCAAAGCGCACACAUUUAAGUAUUCCGAAAAACUGAAAAUGUAACUACCAAAAAAAUAUAUAUGUGUAUGUAUAUGUAUGUAUGUCGUAUAUAUAUAUACACACACGUAUACAUACGUGGGUGAGAGAGAACGGGAAGGAAGGUACGAAGGCGAGCACGAGAGAGCAAAGGAACGGUAAAGUAAAAUAACUACACACAAUGAACUGCCAAAGAUGAUUCAAAACAAAU